UUUUAUGGCGCUAUUGCUGUACGACCACCAGAUGACGCCAUUUCACUGCUUGCUUUUACAUCCAAAAAAGGCCCGAAGUGCAGUGACAUUACUCCACCUUGUGGACGGUGGACAGACAUAAUGUAAUGUAGCACAUUAUACUUAUUAGAAAAGAAGCGACCGUCAUAUAAUCUUAUACUUCCUUGACAUUCGACAUUAAACGACCAUACAUUUUGGCAGUGGGCACAGUCUUGGGCUGACACUUUGCCUAAGAUUGCUCCUCAUUGCUUGAUCCAAAUUCUGUUAUUGUUGCUGUGUUGUACGGGAAUAUCGUUGAUUAUCAAAGUGAAAUGGUUGCUGGCAUAAGUCAGCAGCGUUAGUUUGAGCACAUAAUUGACAUUUUGUUUACAUGUGUUGAAUGUAAGUCAAUGGGACGCGUAACUCGGUAAAUGGCGGUGACCAAAGAAUAUUUCUCCGGAUGACGUGACACAGGUGCGUACCACGUGGUACUGAAAACGAAAGUAAUAUAGGCUACUAGCGAAAAGACGAUCUCGGCGGUGGCCGUGUCAGCUAUGGGCCUAUCUUUUGUAAGAUUUUAAUAAGCUGUAAUCGGGAUUCAAGGGGGACCGGACAGCAAAUCUUCUUUAGCGCUGCUUUAAGAGGUCCAACUUAAUUUUUACAUGAUAAAUUGGGACAGCCACAGCUCCGAUGAAUCAUUUUUUUUUUUAUUGUUGAAGGACAGACCAGAAUUAUGUGGAGAGUUAUCAACAGUGUUUAACGCAUGCCAACACAGGGAGAAAAAUGCCAGUUCCUGCCAAAUGUAGCAUUGGAAAAACACAAUUCAAUGAGCUGAGGGUUGAUCAGACAGGAGAUCAAUCUGCAUGUGCAAUGACUGAACAAAGAGCAAAUGGUGUCAUCACCUGUGGACACAAUGGCCUCAGACAAGCAUCUGAUGUUGAUGUCCAGAUGAGGGUUAAACCGCUUCAUAAAGCUGGGCUGAAGAGCAGGUUGGACAUCCUAACUGAUUCUGCAACAGUCCAAAAGGAGCAUUACAUCACAGAUGGAGGAAGUGACGGGGUAUAUGAGCAACAUGAGGUUUGGCAGGUACAGUCAUUACCCAGAGGGGAGACCACAGAAGACACACCCAUCAGCUGCAAUGACAUCUUCAAGCCCUUACCUGGACAGGAGAGGCACAUCAGAACUGUGAUGACCAAAGGUGUUGCUGGCAUUGGAAAAACAGUCUCGGUGCAGAAGUUUAUUAUUGACUGGACAGAUGGGGUAGCCAAUCAGGAUGUAGAUUUUAUAUUUUCCCUUUCUUUCCGUGAGCUUAAUUUAGUCAGGGGUGAUCAAUAUAGUCUUCACAGUCUCCUGCUUGACUUCCACCCUGAACUGAUGAAGUUGAAUGAUGGUGAAGUAUUCAAAGACUGUCAAGUUGUGUUCAUCUUGGAUGGUUUGGAUGAGAGUCGAUUGACUCUGGAUUUGAAACAGAACAGUAAUUUGUCUGAUGUUAAACAAAUAUCAUCGGUGGAUGUUCUGAUGACUAGCCUCAUUCAGAGAACUCUGCUUCCCUCUGCACUCAUCUGGAUAACCUCACGACCAGCAGCAGCCAGUCAGAUUCCUACUCAGUAUAUCGACCAGGUAACAGAAGUGCGAGGAUUCAAUGACUCCCAGAAGGAAGAGUACUUCAGGAAGAGAAUUAGUGAUGAGAGUCAGGCCAAAAGAAUCAUCUCACACAUUAAGGCAUCCAGGAGUCUCCACAUCAUGUGCCACGUUCCAGCAUUCUGUUGUAUCGCAGCCACUGUACUUCAGCAGAUGAUGGAAAAGGACAAUAACCAGGAAAUCCCCAAAACACUGACUGAGAUGUUCAUACAUUUCUUGCUCAUCCAAACAAAUCACAUGCAUCAAGCUGAGUGUGAAACAGAGAAACAGGUGGCCCAGAUGGACAGCCUACUGACACUGGCGGAACUGGCCUUUAAGCAUCUGGAACAUGGGAACAUGGCGCUGCAUGAAGAAGACUUCAGAGAAUACAAUACUGACAUCAAGAAAUGCUUGUUUUACCCAGGAAUCAUCAAAGAAUUGGCCUUUAAUGAGAGGAAGAUCUACUACUUCUCACAUUCGAGUGUCCAGGAGUUCCUUGCUGCUCUUCAUGUGUUCAACUAUUACAAGUGCCUGAAUGACAACUGCACUACCCUGGAGGUUUUUCUUGAGAAGACCCAUGCACCACUGGCUGAGUUCCUGGAGGAUGCGGUGAAGAAGGCAUUGGACAGCAGCAGUGGACACCUGGACCUUUUCCUGCACUUCCUGUUAGGCAUCCCUUUGGAGUCCAAUCAGAGGCUACUGCAAGACCAAUGUAUUCUCACCCACCCGAUGAACAGCUCUCCGGGCAUAAUGAAAAUUUGUCAGUAUAUAAAAGAUCUGGACAAAGAAGACAUCGCUCCUGAAAAAUACAUCAAUCUUUUCCACUGCUUAUUUGAAAUGAAGGAUCAUUCAUUGGAUGAAGAGAUUCAAGAGCUCCUGAAGUCACCGAAUGGGUUCAAGUUGUCCCCUGCUCAUUGUUCGGCCUUGGCCACUGCUCUCCUGACGUCCGAUGGACUGCCCGAUGGAUUUGACCUGAAGAAAUACAACACUUCAGAUGAAGGUCGCAGGAGACUCCUCCCUGUUAUGAGGAUUUACAGAAAGGCACGACUGACUGGCUGUAAUCUCAGUGAUACGCUUUGUAAGGCUGUGGCCUCAGUUCUGCAGUCCCCAAACCUCCUGGUCGAACUGGACUUGAGCAGCAACCCCUUUCGUGAUUCUGGAGUUCAGUGUCUCUCUGCUGGACUACGCACCUUCAACUGCAGACUGCAGACGCUAAGACUCGUAGACUGUGAGCUCAGUGAUGCGUCCUGUGCAGCCAUGGCUGCAGUCCUGCAAUCGCAAAACUGCCUCAAACAACUGGACCUGAGCAGCAAUAAAAUCAAGGACAGUGGAGUCCAGCAUCUGUCUGCAGGACUCUAUCAUGCCAACUGUAACCUGGAGAUAUUGAGACUAGCAGACUGUGACCUCAGUGAUGUGUCCUGUGCAGCUGUGGCUGCAGUUCUGCAGUCGACAAACUCCCUCAAACAACUGGACCUGAGCAGCAAUAAAAUCAAGGACUGUGGAGUCCAGGAUCUGUCUGCGGGACUGUGUCAUGACAACUGCAACCUGAGGAUAUUGAGGCUCUCUGACUGCAAAUUGAGGACCAAGUCGUGUGAAGCUGUGGCGUCGGUGUUGAGGUCAGUCAACUCCCUGGCAGAGCUGGACCUCAGCAACAACGUCCUCAAAGACUCUAGCCUUCAGCAUCUCUCUGUGGGUCUUGGCAGUCCGGAGUGUAAACUGCAAAAACUAAGUGUCAAAGACUGCCAGAUCUCAGACGAGGGUUUCCGUUUGCUGAGCGAGGCUCUGAUCACAAACCCCUCGCAUCUGAGAGAGCUGGACAUUCGGUACAAUAACCAGGGAGACUCAACACUGAAGCUGCUCUCUGCCAGACUGAAGGACUACCACUGUGCACUGAAGACACUUUAUUUCUUUCCUGAAAUUAGAUUGAGGCCAGAUAUGCAGGGCUAUCCUUGUGAUCUCACCUUGGACUCAAACACGGCAAACAGAAACCUCUUGCUCUCCGAGGGGAACAGAAAGGUGACCUGUGUGAGUGAGGAGCAGCCUUAUCCUGACCACCCAGAGAGAUUCGACUACUGGUAUCAGGUUCUGUGCCGAGAGGGUCUGUCUGGACGCUGCUACUGGGAGGUGGAGUGGAGUGGCAGAGGGGUCACGCUCUGCCUGUCGUAUAGAAGCGCAUCCAGAAAGGGAGAUGGUCGUGCUACUGUGAUGGGGAAUAAUGCCAAGUCCUGGAUGGUCGACUUGAACACUCACUUGGCCUGGCACAAUGACAAACACACGGGCAUCCCAACCCCUCACGUCCAGUCCAAAAGAGUCAGAGUGGACCUGGACUGGCCGGCCGGCACUCUGUCCUUCUACAGCGUCUCCUCCUCUGACACUCUCACCCUCCUGCACACGUUCCGCUCCCCAUUCACUGAGCCCCUCUAUCCAGGGUUUGGGCUACUGGUUGGCUCCACUGUAACCCUGUGCCAGAUAACACAGGAACCUCCUUUUGUGGCAGGAACGCCAUACACAGAGUCAUACACACGGACAAACCCUCCUUAUCCGACAGGAACUCCAUACACACAGACAAACACACGGACAAGCCCUCCUUAUCCAACAGGAACUCCAUACACACAGUCAAACACUCUAUAUCCGACAGGAACUCCAUACAUACAGUCAAACACUCUAUAUCCGACAGGAACUCCAUACACACAGUCAAACACUCCUUAUCCGACAGGAACUCCAUACACACAGUCAUACACACGGACAAAUCCACUAUAACUUUCUACAAAUGAUUAUAUUGUACUGUCAGUGAUUAUAUUGUACUGUUGGGAUGUUUCAUUAUGUAUUUAGCAUUCGCAAAAAAAAAAAAAAAGAUUUGAAAUAAAAUAAUUUCAGAAUAUAUUUUAUUAUUACUUAUGUGACUCGUCACUAUAGAGAUGGCACUAAACCAGUUUACAAAUAAUAUAAUAAUUUUCUCAAGUAAGUAUUGAUUCAUCAACAAACAUCAUUCUCUCUACAAAAUCAAAUAUUAAAAGAUAACAUUAAUGUUAAUACAAUGAUGUGCCUGAAGGAGCAUUGCUGUGUAGGGGACAAGCAUAAUACCAACCAAUGAUAACACAGGACACAUACACAUACACACAGACAAAGUCAUUGUAACUUUCUACAAAUGUUUACAUUGUACUGUUGUAAUUUUGUAUCUUGUAUUUAGCAUUUGCAACAAAUAAAGAAUGUAUUUAAAAUUA